CUACAAAAACACUUAAAAUUUGAAAUGAUGAGUCUCAUCAAUACUCUUCCUACCAUUCUCCUUUCCCUUGCGCUCUUUAUUACAACAAUUCAUGCAGCCACUUUUGAAGUGGUUAACCAAUGUCCCUACACAGUUUGGGCUGCAGCCUCACCUGGUGGUGGGCGCCGUUUGGAUUCAGGACAAACCUGGACAUUUGAUGUAGCACCAGGCACCACCAUGGCUCGAGUAUGGGGUCGAACUAAUUGCAAUUUUGAUGGCAAUGGACAGGGCCACUGUGAGACUGGCGAUUGUAAUAGAGUCCUAGAUUGCCGAGGAUGGGGUUCUCCACCAAAUACCUUGGCUGAAUAUGCACUCAAUCAGGCCAACAACUUGGACUAUCUCGACAUAUCUCUUGUUGAUGGGUUUAACAUUCCAAUCGACUUUAGCCCCACCACCGGUAGAUGCCGGGGAAUCCGAUGCUCCGCUAAAAUUAAUGAGGAGUGUCCAAAUCAGUUGCGAGCUCCUGGGGGUUGCAACAAUCCUUGUACUGUAUACAAGACCAAUGAAUAUUGUUGCACUAAUGGGCCUGGGAGCUGUAGUGCAACCGAUUUGUCCAAAUUCUUCAAGGAUAGGUGCCCUGAUGCUUAUAGUUAUCCUCAGGAUGACAAAACCAGCACGUUCACUUGUCCUAGUGGAACCAAUUACAAGGUUACAUUUUGUCCAUGAGGUCCUACUCUUUCUUCCAUGGGAAGAUGAUAUAGUUUAUAGUAAUGUAGAAUAAGAGAUCAAGAGCUUCUAUCGUAAGCCCAGUAAAAUUCCAUGUUUAUAACAAUUUACAGAUGUUGUAACUUAUCACAAGGAUAUAUAUAUUAAUGAUGUUAUUAAUAAAAUGUUGUUUUCUUAUGGCAGUCCAUUA